AGUUUUGGUACACAGACAUUCAACAAGCGACAGCAACAGGACUAUCACAUAAUACUGGACUGGACUGGAUUACAAAACUUUAUAACAACACCAAUCUGAUGCCGUUCUAGCCACGUUGUGACUUUUCAGUCGUUUCCAAUGUAACCAAGUCAGUUGAAAGUAACUGCAUUUUCUUUCUGUUUGUUCUUUCGCGUUUCACGUCAUAUUUUCUUGUGACUGUCAUAUGUGACAUUUUAAGAGACAAACAUUAUUGCUGGUACCAUGGCUGACGCAGCCCAAAACCAGAUGGUCGAGAUCGACCCGGACUUCGAGCCGCUCUCCAGACCCCGCUCCUGUACUUGGCCGCUGCCGCGUCCGGAGUUCCCCAACCCCGCCGCCGCCGACUCCAACACAUCGUCCCCGGCUCCGUCCGUCAAGCAAGAGCCCUCCAGCAACACGGACUUUAUUAACAAUCUCAGUUUGCUGGAAGAGAAUGAGGACUACCCUGAUCAGAAGCCCCUCAUGCUAUGCGGCGAUUUCCAAUGCCAGGAGAACUGCAUUCACCAGCAGCAAAUCCCGAGUCACCAGCAACAGGUGCCUGUGCUCUCCUCUCCGGUGGCCGCCGCCGCUGCAGCCGCGGCAGCCGCUCAGCGCAAGAGCAGCUCGUCCAGACGCAACGCCUGGGGAAAUAUGUCAUACGCGGACCUGAUAACCAAAGCCAUCGAGAGCUCCCCCGAAAAACGGCUCACCUUGUCUCAGAUCUACGACUGGAUGGUGAAAAACGUCCCUUAUUUUAAGGACAAGGGGGAUAGUAACAGCUCCGCUGGUUGGAAGAACUCAAUCAGACACAACCUGUCCCUACAUAGCAGGUUUAUCCGAGUGCAGAAUGAGGGGACAGGUAAGAGCUCUUGGUGGAUGCUCAACCCCGAAGGCGGCAAAAGCGGCAAGUCACCUCGACGCCGGGCUGCCUCCAUGGACAACAACAGCAAGUUUGCCAAGAGCAGAGGACGAGCAGCAAAAAAAAAGCUGGCUCUUCAGGGUGGUCCCGAGGGGGGCGCCGAUAGCCCAGGCUCUCAAUAUGGCAAGUGGCCAGGCAGUCCGAACUCCCACAGCAAUGAUGACUUUGACGCCUGGACGGCUUUCCGUCCCCGCACCAGCUCCAAUGCCAGCACACUGAGUGGCCGUCUCUCGCCCUUUAUUGACGACGAAAUUGGCGACUCUGAUGUCCACAUGGUCUACCCAGGCCCUGGGUCAGGUGCCAAAAUGACCUCCACUCUCCCCAGCUUGUCUGAAAUGGCUGGUUCUCUGGGUCACAGUGGCUCUGAGAAUGUGAUGGAGAACCUUCUGGAUAACCUCAACUUGCUCUCACCUAAGAACCAACCGGUGGGGUCCACAGUAGGGCCUGGGUCAGGAUCCAACCAGUCCUCGCCUUCUUCGCUCAUGCAGGCCAGCCCUGGUUACUCCCCCUACAGUUCCCCAGGUCUGGCUGCGGUCAACCAGCAGACCCAACAAGACUAUCGUAAGUGUCUUUACGGCCAGGCAGGAAUGGGCAGCAUGUCCUCCAUGCCGAUGCAGCCUCUGCCAGAAAUCAAGCCAAGUUUUGUUUCUGGCCCAGGAACUAUGGGCCAGUUUAAUUGCACAGCAGGGCUGCUGAAGGAGCUUCUUACAUCUGAUGGAGAGCCUGGAGAGCUCAUGCCCUCAGUGGACACCGUCGUCUCCCAGUCAGCUGGAGGCAGUGGAUGUAUGUUGCCUCCCUACAAUAGUGGGCGGAAUGAACUUAUGGGAGGUGGAGCAUCCCACAGCCAUGCUCUCUCUCAUCCACACAAUAUGCACGGACAAGCCACAUCUUUGGCACUGAAUGGGCGAUCGUUGCACCCUCUGACCGGGAUUGGUCACAGCAGUGCUGGUGGACGCUUGGGAAGCGUCAAGUCAGCCAUGCAGAUGCAGUAUGGAGGCUCCAGUCAUCUUGGAGGUGGGCUUCCUCCUUACUGCAGUGUCAACAGCAACGGAUAUGGGCGCAGCCCAGGGAUGAUGCCCCACCCGCAACAGCAACACCUGGAGAAGCUGCCCAGUGAUCUAGACGGGAUGCCUGUGGAGCGAUUUGAAUGCGAUGUUGAGUCCAUCUUGCAUGAUACGCUCAUGGACGGAGAAUCGCUGGACUUCAACUUUGACCCCAUGGCCACCCAACAGGGGUUCCCACCUCACAGUGUAAAGACCACCACCCACAGCUGGGUGUCUGGGUAAAAAUCUCUCAACUGGAAAACAGCAGCACAGAGCGGCUGUCCACACGCAUCCAAACCCUUCGUCAGGGAACGUAGCCCCCAUUAUUCUUUUGCUUUCUUCAGCAGAGGCGGCUGAGAUACGACCUCACACUGCCAAGCACACUGGCUCAGUACAGAGCUAAAUUGCAAGGACAUUUUCCUCAGACAUUGGGACUCACGUUCAAACUAAGUGCCAAACCAGGUGCCUGUGCUCCAUAGCCAAAUUGACAAGCUUUAUUUUGCUGCCUUCUUCUUGCUGUAGAGAAUCAGUCGUCAAAAAUCAGGGCAACGAAAACCUGAGGCCCUUACAUCUGCUGCAACACAAACUUACCAAUGUCCACACCAAUUUUCAGUAAUGAUUUUACAGCCACAUUUCCAUUAAGGGCAAACUGUGAUAAGGUAUAACCAUCAAAUCCAACACCAGGCAGCACAACUCAAGUUCAUUCGAUACACCUCAGAAAAGCGACUCCCAAGGUAAUAGCUCAUUCAUUGUUGUGUUGUCAGUUCAAAACCCUACUCUGCAAUUUUUGCUGAGAGUAACACAUUCAUGCUGUGCUUCAUGGAGACUCCAUGAUUGGCCUUAUUGGGAAGAAGAACUGGAACAGCGGUAGGCAGGAAUGACUGUAAAUAGAUUUAUUUAGAAAUAGUCCUACACAAACAUGACCUUGAAAAUGUUAGGGAAAUUGCUGCAGACUAGUUGAACUGCGUCACAUACAGCACAUCAUUACACUUUCAUUUCUGUCUUGUAACAUUUUUCAUUCUGUCUCAGCAUCUGACAUAGGGAAGAUGUACUACAUUUCUAAAUAGUGUGUUACUAUUAAUUGGUGUACAGAGAGUUUACACAAUGAUAUCAACAAUCAGGGCAACAGAUUUAAUGUUGUUUUGUAAAUCUGAGAGAAACUGGACUUGACAUUUUAAAUUUUGGUAGGCUUACAUGGAAUAGUGUUUCUCAUCUGAAUUAUAUACAUCUUUCCACAUUUCUUGUAAAUACAUGAAAUAUAUUUCAAAAACAUAUAAAGUAGAAAAAUAAGAAGGCUAUUAUAUAUAGAAGGGUUUUUUCACAAUUAUUCUUAUUGCUGUUUAUUAUUGGCUUCAGGUUGACAUUUUUAUUAUUAUUAUUUAAAGAAAUAACUCACCCAAUAAUGAAAAACUUAUAAUUUACUAAAAAUAUACAGUAACUUAUUUUUUUUUCCAAAUCAAUUUAUUUAUUCUGUGAAACACAAAAAGUGACAUUUUGAACAAUAUCAUGGCUGCUCCUUCCCAUGCAAUGAAAAUGCAUGGAGUCUACAAAAAUGGUUCAUCUUUGCCAUUUGAUGGCAAACACCAUUGGUUUUUGUGUGGUUCUUUGCACAUCUUAUAGCGCCAUGUUUGUUUUGGAGGAUUUAUGUGAAAAAUGACAAAUUUCGACUGACCCAAUACUUUAAUUUUUUUCAUUGUAUGGAAAAGAGCAGCCAAGACAUUAUUAAACAAAAUUAAUUUGUGUAUAAUGGAAGAAAGUAAGUCACACAGGUUUGGAAUGACAUGCAGACAAAAAAAUGAUCCCAGAAUUAGAAUUUUUGGAUACAUUACUUCUUCUAAGCCGUUUAUAGUAUUGUAUUUUUUUAAUGAGAUUCUGGGUCUUUAAAAUCCAGAACUUUUUUUUUCAGUUGUUCGUUCCUACAAAGAUUAGGCCUGUCUUUGUUGUGACCCAUAUAAGAGCUAAAUCCCAGGGUAAGACACCACCUCAAAAUUAAAAAUAAUAAUAAUAAUAAAUAAAUAAACUGUUGUGUUUGCUCUUCAUAAUUUCUCAAGGGGCCGGGACACCACCAAAGCCUUUAACAGAGGUUAAUGUAGUUUAGAGAUACAGCGCUAGGGGAUUUCGAUGCCUUUGCCACUGUAUUGAAUCUGUUGCUAUAGUAAAGCUACAGUUCUCUGCCUUUAAGAAAGUGUAGAGACAUUGACAACAUUAUUUGGCUGAAGGAAAAGUGGUGUGAUUGUAUCAUGUCAUGGUGUAUUAUUUACACUUGUAUUAUAUUUCUAUUUGAAUUCACAUCUCUCUCAAACUGCAGGCACUGUGAUGUAUAUGUUCUUCAAGUUUGUGGUGAUUUUCAAAGUCUGUGGUGCCUCAACUUUUGUUUUUCAUUUCCAUUUAAUUUUAGUUUCUUAUUGCCUUUACCAGGAAUUGACUAUUUUAGGUUCCUUACACCCAUAUUACUAGACUUAAUUUUCAAAUUGGCCAGCAAAAAUUACAGAUAUCUCAGACAAUUCAUUGAAGACUUGAAAAUACUCAAAAUGGUUUCUUGAGUAGUGUUAUAAUACAAAAAUGCUGAAGACAUUUUAAAGCUUUGUAGAAAACAAAGAUAUAUUAGGUUCUCACUAUUGGCCAAUUUGUUAAUAUUAAAUGCUUAAUGUUAUUAGAGGUGUUCUUUAAGAACGUUAACACUGUUUUCUAACCAGGCGGAAUGUGAUAGAGCAACAAGCAACAAGUCACUUGUUGGUGUUUUGGUUUCUGUUCCUGUGGCCUCCUACUGUGUAGCUCCACCCAUUGCAAAAUCUCAUUGGUCCAAAAUCCCACUCUACAUAACUCUAUAUGUAACUUAAAAUAUGAUUGGCUGUGCCAUAAUUUUCACUUUUUAGUAUGGACAGACAAAUUUCUUGUCAUGCCUGUUUCGGACAGUGAGGUUCAGUCGUGAGAAGAUUGUCAGACGUUUGUUAACUUAAACAAGCUCACGUCAUUAAAAUAUUAUUAUUAACCUCUGACCCACACUGCCUCACUCAGCACAAGAAGAAGACCAGAUUACUUUGUGCCCAAUUAUCAUGAACAUGCAUUUGCUUUGUGAAUUUAGCAGGUGACCCCACCUAUGCACAUCCAUGUACUUUAAUGAUUAUUAAGAUUAUUGUCAUCUCCAGUAUGUUUUUACGAUGACGAGAUAUUUGAUAUUUCAUGUUUGAUAGAGCUGUGGAGUCAUGUUAAUGUCACAGAUGUUAGUUCAUAGUUCUGAAGAAUAUGAAGUAUAUUUAGAGAGUAGAAGAUAAUUUACAUGCACAGCUUUUUGUACAUUGUACACUGUUAUUCUUGUAUUUAGCAGCAGUUUGUAAAAAACAUGAACAAUUGAAAAAGAAAAAAAAAACUAAUAAUGAUCAUUGAAACAAAUUUGGAAGAAAAUUUAGCUGUUUUUCUUCAGAUUGUGGAGUUUGGACCAAUUUUUAAUGAAAAAAUCAAUUAAUUAAUUAAAAUACUGCACUUUGUCUAUAGAUGUAAUGAGUUCUCCUAGAGAGAUGAAAAAAGUGAAGAUUAUCUAUUUUGAAACAAACUGUUACAUUUCUUAACUUAUGUACAGAAAUGAUUUGAUUCACAAUCAAAAAAAUGAUGUAACUAAAGGUGCAAUUUGUUUAUGUAGUUGAGAAAGUAAUAAUCUAUAAGAGAGAAAUGAUAUUGUUAAGCUGACAUGCCAAUACUGACAUAUGUAUAUUAUAUCUUUAUUCUUUAAGUUCAUCAGCAGUGAGCAAACAGUUUGUGAAAUGUGAGGCCAUAGCGCUCUGAUUUUGUUCUUUAUGCCGAUGUUGUGCUUGUAUUCCUGUACAAGAAACAUGCUGCCGCUGUAAAAAGCCAUGUGUAUAUAAAUUAUGUUAUAUAAAGAAGAAUCCAAUGUGA